CGAGGCGGAGUGCCUGUGCUGGGGGAACGGCUUGUGUAACAGCUGUAUCAGCCAGUGGCACCGACAGCAACCAGUUGCGCCAGCACCGUGCCUUGUUGAAAUGUCCUGUACGCAGAGGAGGCGGCGCAUGGAGCGGCCUCUCAGCGCGACAGAGGCCGAAUACUAGUUGAGGAUAUUCGGACACAGUCUGUGAACAACAGUGUUUAGAUGCUUGUGUUUUUACUGUAGCUGUAGCCACUUCUUGGAGGAAUGAGAGGCGUGUGUCCGGCUCUGAAAAUGGGAUUGUUUUUGCACGCCGUUGGCUCUGUCACCCCCACCGAGUCCGCAGUAGACAGGAGCCUACUGCACUGUGAGGGUGUGAACAACCAGAGCUACAUCUGUGAGUCUGGACACUGCUGCGGAGAGUCUCAGUGCUGUAGCUACUACUAUGAGCUGUGGUGGUUCUGGUUGGUGUGGGCAAUCAUCUUCAUUUUGAGCUGCUGCUGUGUGUGCCACCAUCGCCGCACCAAACACCGGCUGCAGCAGCAACAACGGCAGCACGAGAUCAACCUCAUAGCUUACCGUGAAGCACACAACUACCCCUCUGUGCCCUUCUACUUCAGGUUUCUGCCAAACUACCUCCUGCCUGACUAUGAAGAGGUGGUCAACCGGCCACCGACUCCUCCCCCUCCCUACAGUGCCUUACACACAGGCCCAUCCUCAGUGGCUUCUAGUCCACUGGCUUCUGAGCAGCAGGAGGGACACUGUCCAACCAUCCAGCCCACUCCAGUGCCCCAAGUCUCUGACAGUCUGUGUUGUAGACCCAGCAUAGAGGAGCCACAACCUCCCACUUUAAACUUUAGACCAAAGCCUGACAGCAAGCCCAUGCAGACAGAACAAGAUUCAGGCAUGAUACUGCUGUCAGAUAGGGAGGGGCUCACCAGCCAGGAGAAAAGAAGCGGAAAUGGGGAAGAGUCCUGCAAGGACCCCCUGCUGAAGGACCUGUCAGAGGGUUGCUCUGAGGACAAAGAUCGACUCCCCAAUGGAAGGAGGAGGCGAUUCACUGGGGACUCUGGGAUUGAGGUGUGUGUGUGCGGCACACGUGGGAGCAGCGGUUGUAGUGGAGCAGGAGGGACAGGCCAGGAAGGCAAGGAGUUGAGGGAGCUAGAGAGCCUGCUGGGGCGCGAGGGAGACGAGGAGGAGGAGGGGGAAGAGGCGGGCGACUUCUGCGACAGCUGUGGUCAUCGGGCCUCCUUCAGCGUAGAGGAGGAGCAGGUGCCGGGCGGGCCGGAGAGGCGGGCCACACGUGGGCCUUCAGGACCUCCUCAGUCGGCUCACCAGAUAGGCAGCGGCUCACUCCACCCUCCUGUGUGCCUCCUCCUCCACACCAUCAACGAGCAGGAGGGGCCACACCACAGCACCAGCACUGAGCCGCAGGGCUGAGACGCAGCUGACACACCUCUGUCAAAGAGGGAAGGAGAGCACUUAGGACAGGACAUGGAGGCAUGUGCUUUUGUAUUUGAGCAAGUGUUUUAUGUCUAAAAGCUUUCUAAGUGAGUAUUUUUAUGAACAUCUUAGAUAAAACAGGUGUGGGAGCAGGAAGUGGAAUCUCAACUAAAAAUGGGUGAGAUCCAAAGGUUGAGAAAGCCUGCUCCUCCCCACACUGGAACAGUGGCCUUAACCUGUGUAUUUUGGGUCAUAUUUGGGCAGUAAGAGCCCUUUAACAGCCUGUGGGAAUUGAGACUUCUCACACGCGCACACACACACACACACAGACAAUCCAUCAGAUAUCCCUCUCAUAUGAUUGGAAGCUACUGACAUAGUCAAAGACUUGAUCACUGAAGCUGUGAUGUCAGAACAGGGUGUUGACUGCCUAGGAUGAAACCAGCUCUCUUCGCUGGGUUCUUGCAACAAUUCUGCAAAGCCGUUGUUUAUGUAGAAAGAAAAAAAAAACACACACACACACACAGAGCAGGGACAUUUUGAAUAAGUGCAACGUGGAAUUUACCACAGUGUGUGUUUAUGCAAGCUGAUACUGUACAGGGACACCAGACCAAGACUGUAUGGGACAUCCUGUUAGGCUCAUGCUUCUUAAGUGCUUUUUUUCAGCAAUUAAAAACCGCUCUGCCUUGUGUCCAUUUUUGUUGCUUUCUAUCUGCCCCUCUAGUGACAGAGGAGUAUAAGUGCAUUAACAGAAAUUCAUGUGAGCAGUUUGUAUUUUGCACAAAAUGUAUUUAUCUUUAUAAAUGAAGCUUUUAGCUAUAAAAUCAAAACAAAAUGCUUUUUUUUUUUUUCAGAAAUUCAGUCUUAAAUUGCAGUACGUGAUUAGUUUCCAAGUGUUUUGUUGCAAUAUCUGUAAGAAAUUGACCUCUGUGAAUUGUUAGUAGGGAAUGCAACAGAUUCACUUUGUAUACAGUCAUUUUUUUAAACUUAAUGGAAUGAAUGUUUGUAGUAUGUGCCUACCCAAAAAAUGCAGAAUGUUGAUGAACAAAUUUUAAGCUUCAGUGAAACUGAGAGACCAUCAGAAAGCAGGUACUGAAACCAAGAAACGAAUAUUGAUCUUCUUAGAGGUUACAACUGCUAUGAGCAACAUCAGACCUCAAACCUUUGUGUCAGUCACUUCAAUAGAUUACCACCAUCACCAGCUAUACAGUUUUAAAAAAUAGAGAAACAUUUACAGUCUUUAUGUUGGAUUUUCAUAUUAGCACAACUUUUACCACUCUUCAGCUUUUGUAUUCAUUACUUAAACAUAAAUAACACCUUCUUGAAGAGUCCAUGAAAGAACAUUUCAGUAAACUGAUUUUUACCCAGGGGUGAUCCUGCCAGUCGUCUGCCUUUGUGCUAUUUAAUCUGAGAGGAGAAGAACUUGUGAGCACAGUACUUACAAUAUUAAGUAUUUAACCCCACAGGGCAGUUUUAGAACAGAACUUCAUUUACAGCUGCAGCCUUUAGUGAGUGGAAAAAUACCUCACUGGGGAAUGAGGCAUGAGAAGAGAUAAAAAUGAAUGUGGUUUAGAUAAAAAAAAAUUAAGGAGGAAUCAAAGAAUCAAAAAAUGUCAUGAAACAGCAGUCUGAUAGUUGUCCUUGGUUAUUCUUAAUAUCUGAAUAUCUACUAAAAACAAAGAGUUUGCACAACAGGAUAUUUCAGAAAAGCAUGCUUUUUUAUGAUAAAAAAAAAUUAUAGGAUGUACAAGAUGUGAGAAACAACAAGUUAACAAGCAAUAUGUGUAAUUCUGCGUCACAGAUAUAAAACAAAAACCACUGAGAAAAAAGUAGUUAAAUCAUCAAAGUUAUCAGUUCCAUUAACAUAUCGUCUGUGUAAGACUCAUAAGCGUGAAAUACCUCUAAGAGAUUCAUUUAAAUCAAACCUCCUAAUCCAAACCUUAGAGGAGCUGUAAUAGUAGGUGCUGACUGGUGAUAAAUGUGCCACGAAAAAAUGCCGCUGAUCAUAUAAUGAACACACAAAUUAAGCUAGGUACAAUUUUUCGUUUGCCAACUCUCUGAAUUUAAGUAGUGAUUCUACAUGCCACUGGAAAUGUUUUUUGUUUUUUUUUUCAGACUUUUCUCGGAGCACCCUCAAAAAUGCACACAUUGCAAUGUCUGCAAAGCACAAGAUAGCCAUCGGUCUCUCUGAGAAUAUAUAUAUAUAUAUAUAUAUAUAUACACUAAAACAAUCUAACAGAAAAUGUCUCCCAAAAUUUCUAGCACAAUUCAACUGUAACAUUUGAACUUUCUGUAUCAAAGCCUGAACACACUGUAAAGUGCUUUAUAUGUUAAUGCUUUUUGUGAACUAGAUAAUGUAAAUGUGGUACAUGUAGUACGGAGAUGAGCUAUUUUUUCAUAUCGGCUGAAUCCUCUAAAAGUUAUUCAAACUGUAUACAAUUUCAAAACCACUUUAUAUUUGCAAAUUGAGUACAAUAUUCUGUAACGUGAACCAAAUAGUUGCUUUCAUUGUUUUUAUGAAAUCAUUAGCUUUAUUAUUAUGAACAGAUUUUUUUUUGUCAUUAUGGGUAUUAUUAUAUUUUUCUGUUGAGAGAAAAGAUUUAACUUCUUAUCCUGAAGAUGUGUGAAGGGUACAUGUGACUAACAAUAGGCUACAGUAGUUAAUUUGUUAACAAAAUCAGGGGCAUCUUGCCAAAGACAUUUUUUCUUUCUUCACCAGUGUGUGUAAGGUGGUUUUGCACAUAUUCUUUGAAUGUUCAGAUCAUAAGCCAUUUAUUACAACUACCAAGAUGGAUGUAUGUUCAAUAAACAUACUCUUUAAAAUU